AUGGACAAGAUGGUCUCAAACGCUGGCACGACUAUAGGGCGGAAGACGAGCAAAUUUAAAGGAGUUGUGCCGCAAAAGAAUGGACAAUCACCGAAAUGGGGUGCUCAGAUCUAUGCAGCCAACCGUAGGGUUUGCCUUGGAACAUUCGAUUCCGAGGAAAAAGCAGCCAAGGCUUAUGAUAGUGCUGCGAUCAAGCUUCGCAACGGAGAGUGCCAAAGGAACUUUGCGUGGACCAACGAAACUGAUCAGGAGCCAUUUUUUCAGAAUCUCUAUAGCCAAGAAGCCGUUCUCAACAUGAUCAAGGACGGGUCUUACCAGGCUAGGUUCGAGGGAUUUCUCAAGGCUCGGCAGGCAGCUGUCCUAUAUAUGCAACGAGCAGGAAUGCCCGAUCUCCAACAACUCUUUCAGAAAGAACUGACGCCAAGCGAUGUUGGUAAGCUGAACAGACUCGUCAUACCUAAAAUUUAUGCAACUAAAUACUUCCCUCGUAUUGAUGAAUCCAUGCAGGAAGGGUUGGAUGUCAAUCCGGCGCCUGCUGUGAAGCUCUCAUUUUAUGAUGAAGAUAUGAGGCGAUGGCAUUUCAGGUACUGUUAUUGGAAGAGCAGACAAAGCUUUGUGUUCAGCAAGGGUUGGAGUCGGUUUGCAAAGCAGAGAAAAUUGAAAGCUAAUGACACUAUCAGGUUCUAUGAGUGCCGCACUAAUAUUAGGGAAAGAGAUGAAGAGGUCAAGCUGUCCUACUUGAUUAAAAUCGAUCCGGCUGAAAAUUCUGGUAUCAUUGUUGAAUGUGGCAGGUGA